UCCUCUCCUUGUGACCCCAAAUGCCACCCGGGCUCCUCGUCCCAUCAUUAGUGUCACCUCGGCCAUAAGCUCGGCCGCAGGAUGCGGCACAGGAAGGCUCCUCCUCGGCCCCGGGCCCCGUCCCACCCCAAAUUUCCCCUUUCAGAGCUUUCUGCAAGAGCUGAGAGCAGCCUGAGGCUGUGCAGCUGUGCUCAGCACCAUCCAAGCAUGCCCUGCAGCCCGGCCCGUGUCAUCCUGCUGCUGCUGCCCGGAGCUGCCCUGGUGCAGCCGUGGAUCCAGCAGCGCCCGGCGCAGCUCUGGGUCCGCCCCGGGGACACGGUGGAGCUGAACUGCAGCACUGGCAGUGAACGGGAUGUGGAUCGGUACAGGUCCGUGAAUUGGUACCGGGAGCAGCUGGACAGCAGCUUGCUCUUCAUCUACCGGAGCUCGAAUUACUCACGUUCAGAUGGAAAAUACUCGGGGAUGAGCAGAGCGGGGGAUUCGUUUUCCCUGCGCAUCAGCGCUGUGCAGCGGGAGGACUCCGGGUUUUAUUACUGCGGUUCCAACGCUUCUCCCUUGGAGUUUGGGGACGGCACCAGGUUGGUGGUCACAGAUGCCACCGAGCCCACCCUCUCCAUCUUUCUGCCCGUGGAUGUGGAUCUCAACGAGCCACCCCCGGCUGCCAUCCCCCUGCUCUGCCACCUCUACGACGUCCCCGAGGGCUGGGACACCGUCCGCUGGCACCACGGCAAUGUCACCCCGGUGACGGUCACCUCCAUGGAUGAGCGCGGUGUCCUCAGCACCUGGAGCCUCACCUGGCUCCCGGCGGAGCCGUGGCACGGCACCGUGGGCUGCACGGCCGUGCAGAGCAGCACGGGCAGGAACGUCACCGCGGCCACCAGCCGGCCCGGCACCGCAGCGCGGUGUCUGCAGUGGCUGCCGGCGGUUCUGCUGCCCUCGGUCCUCGCCAUCUCCAUCCAGCUGAUGCUGCGGCUCCGACAAAAGCCCCGCGGUGGGGGUCCCGGCGCCCCACAGCCCCCCCGGCAGCGCGGAUCCCCCCCGCCGCCCCAUAGAGCCGCAGGACGGAGCCAGGAGACCGAGUACGCAGCGGUGGCACUGAGAGCCCCUUCCCCACGUGUGCUCUGAAAAAAAAGCAAUAAAAGGGAGAACGGGGAGAACGGCUCUGGGCGAUGGGAGCCCGGUGGGCAGCAGCUCUGUGCUGUGAGGUCUGCGACUCUGCGGGAACUUUGCAAAAAAAAAAAAAAA